AUGGGGCUGGCUGGCAGGCUAGAAAGGGAGAGAGGGAGGGAGGGUGGGACGGAGUGAGUAAAGGGAGGGACAGACAGACAGACAGAGUCACUCACUCACCCGCCCGCAGUGGGGGGAGCCCCUUAACUGGCACCGCCAGGCCGUUUCCAGCGGAACACAAAGUUUUUGCCUGCUGGGGAUCACAGGAGCAACAAGAGCCCCUGAGUUAGAAGUUGGGUGCUGAUGGUGGCAAUCACAACAUUACAGAGCUUUUUUCUAUAGCAUUCUGUGGUCCAUUUUUCAGAGGGAUUUUUGCUUGUGCAUAUUCUUGAGAAGGGGGCGAAUCCCUUGCAAGAUAUCCCCAGCCAUGAAUGAAUAAUUUCCAGGAGGAAAACUGGUGAAGAAAAACACCAAGGUUGAUCAACUUGAUUCAACUUGCAUAUCUUUACUAUGCAGUUUACAUGGUUAAACUUGGAUCCUCUCAUGCUUAGAACCCCACUGUGAUUGGUAAGAAGAGUGACUUUUGGGGUCUGCUGAUCCUGAAGAUUGCUUGACAGAAGUUUCUGAAAAGGUUUUUGAGUCAUGAUGCAAGAAUCUGGAACUGAGACAAAAAGUAACGGUUCAGCCCUUCAGAAUGGAGCAAGCACUGUCAACUCCUUACUAGAUUGUACCCUACGUGAAAUAAGACCAAACGGAGAGACACCUUCGUUGGAAAUCGGUGCUGCAGAUCUUGCCCAUCUUCAGCAACAGCAGGCUCUUCAGGUAGCAAGACAACUUCUGUUACAGCAACAGCAGCAGCAGCAGCAGCAGCAACAACAACAACAACAGCAUCAACAACAGCAACAAGUUAGUGGGCUAAAGUCUCCCAAGAGGAAUGACAAACAGCCAGCCCUUCAGGUUCCAGUGUCGGUGGCUAUGAUGACACCUCAAGUUAUCACUCCCCAGCAAAUGCAGCAGAUCCUCCAGCAGCAAGUGCUAACUCCACAGCAACUUCAGGUCCUGCUCCAACAGCAGCAGGCACUCAUGCUUCAACAGCAGCAGCUUCAAGAGUUUUAUAAGAAACAGCAGGAACAGUUGCAGCUUCAACUUCUACAGCAACAACAUGCUGGAAAACAACCUAAAGAGCCGCAGCAGCAACAGGUGACUUCGCAACAGUUGGCCUUCCAGCAGCAGCUUCUGCAAAUGCAGCAAUUGCAACAGCAACACCUCUUGUCUUUGCAACGUCAAGGUUUGCUAUCAAUUCAGCCAGGCCAGCCUGCUUUAUCAUUGCAGCCUCUUGCUCAAGGCAUGAUUCCAACCGAACUCCAACAACUCUGGAAAGAAGUGACAGGAUCCCACACAGCAGAGGAAGCAACCAGCAACAACCAUAGCAGUCUGGACCUGUCAACCACAUGUAUCUCCUCUUCAGCCUCUUCAAAGCCCUCCUUAAUAAUAAACCCACAUGCCUCAACCAAUGGACAGUUGUCAGUCCACACUCCUAAAAGGGAGAGUUUAUCCCAUGAAGAACCCUCUCACAGUCAUCCGCUUUACGGGCACGGAGUAUGCAAAUGGCCGGGCUGCGAAGCAGUAUGUGAAGAUUUCCAGUCUUUUUUAAAACAUCUCAACAAUGAGCACGCGUUGGAUGAUAGAAGUACAGCCCAAUGUAGAGUACAGAUGCAAGUUGUACAACAGUUAGAGUUGCAGCUUGCAAAAGACAAGGACCGCCUGCAAGCAAUGAUGACGCACCUGCAUGUGAAAUCGACUGAACCAAAAGCUACCCCUCAGCCUUUUUCCAAAUACUUGGGUGGCCAAGGAGGGAAUGACUACUUCAGGUUGCAUUACUGCAGGCUUAAAGGGACAACCAAAUACGAAUUUGGAGAAAAGGAAUUGAAUCUUGUCUCUAAUGUCACGCUUUCCAAGACUGCAUCAGAGGCUUCUCCACAGAGUUUACCUCAUACUCCCACCACCCCGACAGCACCCAUCACUCCUGUUACCCAGGGACCUUCUGUCAUCACUACUACCAGCAUGCACAACGUUGGACCCAUCCGAAGGCGGUACUCUGAUAAAUACAACGUGCCCAUCUCCUCAGCAGAUCUUGCGCAGAAUCAAGAAUUCUACAAGAAUGCAGAAGUCAGGCCGCCCUUUACAUAUGCCUCUUUAAUUAGGCAGGCAAUUCUUGAAUCUCCAGAAAAGCAGCUAACACUAAAUGAAAUCUACAACUGGUUCACACGUAUGUUUGCCUACUUCAGACGCAAUGCAGCAACAUGGAAGAAUGCAGUGCGUCAUAAUCUUAGCCUUCACAAGUGUUUUGUGCGAGUAGAAAACGUUAAAGGGGCAGUAUGGACAGUGGAUGAAGUAGAGUUCCAAAAACGAAGGCCACAAAAGAUCAGUGGAAACCCCUCACUUAUUAAAAACAUGCAGACCAGCCACACCUACUGCUCACCUCUCAAUGCUGCUUUACAGGCUUCAAUAGCUGAAAACAGUAUAUCUCUAUACACUACUGCUUCCAUGGGAAACCCCACUCUGGGCAGUUUAGCCAAUGCAAUGCGGGAAGAUCUUAAUGGUGCAAUGGAGCAUGCGAACAGCAAUGGGAGUGAUAGCAGUCCAGGCCGUUCCCCUAUGCAAGCAAUGUGACUCUCCCCUGCUAUGAGAUGAAUUCUCAGGUCUCUGACCAAGAUCCAAUCUUUUUCCUCUUAUCAAAUUUAACAGAAAAUGCUCUAGUCACAAAAUUACAAGUAUUGCCUCCUGGAUAAAUAUCAAUCUAUUUUUAAAUGCAAGAUCAGCACCGAUGCUGCUGCAACAGGGAUGCAUCAUUUCAAGCCUACAUGGUGCCUCUUCAUUGCUUAUUGCUCUUGAAUCUAACAGCCUUAAUUUGGGGACCAUUGACCCUGCUGUGGAAUGCUUAGAUAUUGCCAUGAAGAUUUUUGUCCACUUUCUGAAAUCAUGACACUUGACACAGAAAUACCUUAGGAUGAAAAUAUGGAGCUAUCCAAUUUCUUACAGUAUCGUAUCAUCGUCUUGCUUUGCUCUGAAAUAAAAAAGUUACAAAGAACUUGAGCAUUUGAGAAACUUGUGCCAAUUUGGAAUAUAACCCAACUUGGUUAUAUUGGUUAUAUUGCUAUGUAGGCUAAAUGGAUGUACCACUCCAUUUCGGAUGUACCACUCCUGAUUUGGUCAAAAAGACAGAUUUUCUUGUGAUUAAUGAAAAUUGCCAAGCUUUUCCCUAUUGAUUGUAAAACAUUUAAAAAUGAAUGAAAACAAAAUACUCCACAAAAAAGUACUCAUUUUUUGCAAAGCAAUGAAAAGCUCUAUAAACAGCCCUCUGCCAUUUUUAAUAGGAGGCUAGAAAUUAAACUCCCACCAAGAGAAAUCUCUUAUGACAGAUCCUUGCUUCUCACCACAAUAGUACACUGAGAGUUAUACCAUAUUUUUAAUACGUGUAGUUCCCCUGCCUGCCCCUCUUCCAAGAUAGCAAGUGAGUCUUUAAUAGUACAUACAGUAUAUACCUAUGGCACGCUCUGUGGGCAUGUGUGCCGUUGCCAGCUAGUCUUCUGGUUUUCAGCAUGCACAUGUGUGCCGGCCAGCUGGUUUUCACAGGCGGAAAAUGGCCUGAAAAUGGCCAGAACCGGUCUGAAAACGGCCCAAAAAAUGGCCUGAAAAACGGCUUGAAAAUGGCCUCCCAAAUGGCCAAAACCAGCCAAAAAACAGGCAUGUGUGUGCCGGCCAGCUGGUCCUCAGGUUUCCAGCACUCCAGUGCACGCGCACAAACAUAUGCGUUCUGGUUUGGUGCCGAAAAGGUUCACCAUCACUGGUAUAUAAAAUCAACCAGUCCUAACAAUCACAAUGCAGACGAUACAGCAAUAGGGGCCGGAAUAGCUCAGGCUGUAAGGAGCCUGUUAUUAGAACACAGUAGCCUGCAAUUACUGCAGGUUCAAGCCUGGCCCAAGGAUGACUCAGCCUUCCAUCCUUUAUAAGGUAGGUAAAAUGAGGACCCAGAUUGUUGGGGGGGCAAUAAGUUGACUUUGUAAAAUAUACAAAUAGAAUGAGACUAUUGCCUUAUACACUGUAAGCCGCCCUGAGUCUUCGGAGAAGGGCGGGAUAUAAAUGUAAACAAAAAAAACAAAAACAAAAACAAAAACAAAAAAAUAGCCAAACAAGGAUCAAUUUUUGAUGAGGUAGCUUGGAAACCUAUAGUAGCACCUGAAGAAUUAGGACAAUACUGAAUCAUCAACCAUUUAAAGCCAACCCACACAAGGUCCACUUGUGUGUUUUCCACCUCCGGAAUCAAGAUGCAAGGGAAGAGUUUCACCUCUGGAAUCAAGAUGCAAGGAUACAGGUAGUCCUUGACUUACAACAGUUCAUUUAGUGACCGUCCAAAGUUGCAAUAGCCCUGUAAAAAGUGACUUAUGACUGUUUUUCACACUUACGACCAUUGCAGUGUCCCCGUAUUCAUGUGAUCAAACUUCACUUGGCAAUUGAUUUACAUUUAUGACGGUUGCAGCAUCCUGAGGUCAUGUGAUCCCCUUUUGCGAAACUUGACAAGCAAAGUCAAUGGAGAAGCCAGAUUCACUUAUCAACCGGGUUACCUAUUUAAGAACUUUAGUGAUUUGCUUAACAAAUGUGGUGAGAAAAGUCGUAAAACGUCGCAAGCCUCAGUUAACACAUUUCUCACUUAGCAACAUAAAUUUUGGCCUCAGUUGUGUUCGUAAGUUGAGGACCACUUGUAUUACGUGACAAGGGAACUGACGACACUACUGUCCAACACCGAAGUAUCUCAGUGCAACAUUCAACCGGACACUCUCUUUCAAAUAAUACUGCUUGAACGCUAAGGCUAAAAUGUCAGCUUGAGAAACAAUAUCAUCAGGAAAUUGAUAAACUGCAUAUGGGGAGCUCAACCAUCUACUGUACAUUGCUCCCAUCAGCUUUGGCCUUGAGUGUCUCUGCAGCAGAGUAUGCUGCUCCAGUGUGGGGCACAUCUGCACAUGCAAAACAAGUUGAUAUUGUCACCAGUGAAGCAGUAAACUUAGUAACAGGAUGUCUCAAACCUACACCAACUGAGAAAAUGUAUUCUCUUGCUGGGCAUUGUCCCACCUAAGAUCAGGAGAGAAGUAGUAGAUGCUGAAAGAAUUAAGCAAGAGGAUGAUCCUAGACAUCUCCUGAAUGGACAUAUGCCUCAAGCCCACCGACUCAGAUAUAGGAACAGCUUUAUGACAAGAACAAACAUUGUUCUUGAGGGUACAGAAACAUUUGUUCUUGAGGGUACACAAGAACAAAAUUGAAUGUUGUGCUGUCAGACCAAGAAGCCAUCUUUCUACUUUGGUGCCUUCAGGCUUCAGGCCUGCCACAAAUCCUAUUGUGGGAAAUUGGGAGGCGGGGUUGCAUAGAGGGAAGAAGAUAUGUAUUUACAAUAAAUUUCUUUAUAGAAAGUCAAGGCCAUUGUGCCCUGCAGCUGGGCUGAGAGGAGUGAGGAGGCAUCUUCUGUUCCAAAUGGUACCUGAUUGGAUGUGUGG